UUCAGUCAAAGUAUGAAUCAUUGACUCGUAAUAUUUUGUCAUAAAUUUUCUCAUAAUUUUGAGAAUAAGUUGUUAAUAUUUUGUAUUUGUGGUUGUGAUUACGAGACGAAAGUAAUACCUGAACUUUCAUAAUUUGUUAUUUUUUUACUCAGCACCUAAGUCGACGAAGAAAUUGCUUCUUAAAAUUUAUCUAUCUAAAAAAUAAAGCGCGUGGCUGAGACUGAUUUGUAAAAUGCCAAAACGCGGAGGAGGAAGACCUAGAAAUUGGGAUCAUGAUCAUUUUGAGCACGAUGAUAGAACUCAUUCAAAUAACACGCGACGCGUAAGCUUUAAAACAGGGCCGAACAAGGGUAAAAACAAAUUCCGUAAUUGGAAAGAUCCCAAGCUUCUGCUUGAUGAUGACAUCGACAUGGGUGCAUCUGGUCAGAUGCAGCAACCUCGCAAGGGAACAUUUAGAGGUCGCGGUGGUCGUCUCAACUCACCGGUCCCAAGAGGUCAUGGCAUACCAAGGAAGAAAUUUAUAGCUGGAUUAUUACCGUGGUAUCAGAUUAUAAUACCAUAUGGUGCUAAACAUGAGAAAGAUGUUAUUCUUAAAUCACUUAUGAGUUAUAUAUCUCCAGAAGUGUUUAUACCUCAUUAUUACAAGAUCAAUGGCAAUGCUGCAAUGUUUUAUGUUGAUGAUGUCAAAAUUGCUGAGAAACUGUUUGAGGCUGACCGAAAGAUUGUCAUGUCGGAUGGAUUUAGAUUGGUUGUUAUUGUGCGUAAUUCAGCACCAUCUGUCACUGUUGACGCUGAAAUGAAAGAGAAGAUGAAACAAGCUAUGGUUAAAAGAUACAAUGCAGCGACUAAAGCCUUGGAUCUAACAAAAUUCCACACAGACCCAGAUUUAGCUGACAUAUUUUGUGCAUUAUUCCGUCCGAUGAUAAUGUUGGCAGUCAUUGACAUAAUUGCGGACAACAUUCCUGACUUGGAAGCCUUAAACCUGAAUGACAACAAAUUACAUGGGAUGGAACACUUGAAGAUAUUAUCAACAAAAUUGAAAAAUUUGAAAAUUCUCUACUUGGCAGAUAACAGGAUACCUUAUGUUGGAUCAUUGGAUGCACUGAAGUCGCUGCCACUGGUUGAGUUGUUUCUUACAGGAAAUCCAUUGGUGAACAAGUUUAAUGAUCACGAAAUAUAUGUCAGCGAUGUCCGGAAGAAGUUUCCUAAGCUGACAAGACUGGAUGGAGUGGACCUGCCCCCUGCAAUCGGCUUCGAUGUGUCAGAAGAUGUCGCACUACCGUCACACCAACAAUCAUUCCUAGUGGACCCAGCUGGCCAGGACCUUGUCAGAGAAUUUUUAACUCAGUUCUUUGCGAUAUACGACUCAGAAUCGCGACAACCGCUGUUAGAAGCAUAUCAUGAACAUGCUUCUAUGUCCAUGGCCGCAAAUUACUUGAGUAAUGACGGCAGGAACUCGCAGUCAACUAGGUUGAACGCGUAUAUAUCAAACAGUCGAAAUCUAAUACGGAUAACAGAGCGAGAGUCCAGGAGACGACACCUCAAAACAGGCCGCCUACAAGUUGUCUCUUUCCUCUCCGAUUUACCAAAGACUAAACAUGAUCUGAUGGGAUUUGCUGUGGAUUUAAUUGUUUUUACUCCAACAAUGAUAGUGUUAACAAUGAACGGCGUGUAUAAAGAAACAAACACAACUGGCAACCCUACGCGAUCUUUUCAUCGUACGUUCGUAAUCGUACCCAACCCCACGGGUGGAUUCUGUGUUGUAAACGAUCUCCUUUAUGUGACAAAUACCACUAAAGAACAGGAAGAUAAAGCGUUCGCAACAGGAGAAUCGUUACCGGCAUCUGUGCCUACGCCAGCUGCAGCCCCUGCAGCUGUGGCCGCGGCUCCAGCAGCUUCAGAUGAUACGAGGAAGAUGAUGCUCAAUAUGCUAGGCCAGCAGACCGGCAUGAACGAGUUCUGGAGUAUGAAUUGUUUGCAAGAAACAGGCUGGGAUUUCCAGAGGGCGUUAUUUAUAUUCAAUCAACUUCAAACUGAAGGCAAAAUACCGCCUGAGGCGUUCGUGAAAUGAGAUAACGUGACGUCAUACGGGAAUUAGGCUGUGCCGCUGUAUAGUGAAUAAGAAGAGAUACUAUUUUUGUUAGAAUUGAUAACUAAUAAAAUAUAUUGCUACUAUAGAGAAGGAGAUAUUGACUUUAUUAGCAUAAUUAUAUUGAUUGAGUUGCAUUGAAGAUAGAAGCUGUUAACUAAGAAAGAAAAAUUAACAAUGAAGAAGAAUUCUUAUUGUUAUUUUAUGCAAUUGAAGCGUAAUAAAUGUGACAGAGAUUUGUUAUGGAAUUACUUCAAAGUAAUGUUUAAAUUCUGGUAUACUCAAGAGUAACCUGAGAAAAAAAACAUUGACGACAAGACUGGUUCAUAUGAAGUAAACAGUACACAAAUUAACAAAUGUUUAUUUUGUACGAAAAUUAUAAGUGUUUUAAUAUUCGUAAUGAAGAUACUUGGCUGCAUUGAAGACCUAUUAAAAUACAGACUUUACAUAUUUCUAUGUAGUGAAUUGCAAUUUAUUUGUAAUAUUAACACAGAUUGUGGAUCUUGUUCGAUUUUCCAAUAGUAAUGUUAAGAAUUAUUUCUUUUUACAUAAAAAAAUGCAUAAAUUAAACAUUUUUCCUGAGCAUUAUUAAAAUAAAAAUAUAUUUGGUGAUUUUUAAUUUUAAUUCGGUGUAUUUUGCUUAUUACUUCAAUUAACUUCAUGCUCAGUAAGUAUGUUUGAUAUAUGCAAUAUAUAAAAAAUUGUUUAGUAUACAUCCAUACUUAAUUUGGCAUUUAAUCUAUUUAUUUAUUUUAUAAAUGUUACUUGAACAGAAUACAAUAAUAGAUAAAAUAGCGACAGUCAAAAAUAUUUUAUACUUUUUUUUUUGCGUCAACAAUGUAAUAAAUUUUAGAUGUUAAUAAUUUUUUGUAAUGUAUAACUACGAUUAUUGUUUUGAAUCGAUAGUGUCACUAAUAUUGUUAAUUACAUGAUUUGUAAAUUAAAUUUAGAAAAGAAAAAAUAUUUUCACCUCAAGACUUAAAAAAAAGAAAAAAAAACUAAAAAAAUUUUUUUUCGUGCUCGCGUAAUGCGUGAUUUAUUUGUACAUAUUAGUUUUUGGGGAUUGAGCGAUAUGGGGAUUUGAUUGUGUUCGUUGAACAUUGGUAGUUUCAUGGUGUUGAAACAAUGCUCAGUUUAUGGGUAACCACUAGUUGUGGUUCCAUGGUGUGGUGGAUCGACCCAGCCUUAUGGGCUACAGCGAUGGAACCCCUAUUUAUCUUGUGGGCUAGUCGCUUGUUUCAGGGGUCAACCAUGGAUGUUUGCAUCUUUACUCCUUGCAUUGAGAACUUGAUUGAUGUCCCAUAACAAUAUCGCUCAUGGGGGCGUUUAGGUUCUUGUUAAGAAUUACCACUAAGAAGUAGUUAAGAUAAAUACAUUUUUUU